AUGGUGAACCCGAAAAUUUUUCUUUUGCUUUCUUCUCUACUAACUAAUUUUUUAUUUAAGAGACAUUAUUAUGUUGCUGGUAUAACACUCGAAUCCACAAAAGAACAAAAUUUUUCUUUUAUGAAUACAUACGGAAACCCAUAUGUUAAGAAAGAUGUAUUAAUAAAAUUAAAUAAUUUAAAGUAUAAAUUUUUUUUUAAAAAUAUGCAUAAACCUAAGAAAAAAAAAAUACAGAAAAGAGGAAUUAGUUUUAUUUCACUUAAUUUAAACAAAAUUUUAGAGUUAAAAUCAGAUGAUCCAAUAAAUCUAUUAAGCAGUAUUUUUUCAAAGGAAAAAACAAAAUUUCUAUCUAGUUGUUAUGAAGAUAAAAAACUUAAAAAUAUAGAUAAUUGUAACAGAUUUACAUCUUCACAAAAAAUAUGUGAUUCUCCUGUUGAUUUUAAUCUCAAUGAUAAUUUUUUUACCAAGGAGAUUAAUGAAAUAUCUUUAAAAUGCUUAGUUGACAAUAAAUCUGAAUAUUUGAAAAUAAGUAAAAAUCAUGUAAUUCUUGAAUCCGGAGAAGUGUUUGAUUUAAAAAUUCAAAAUGAAUCAUUAUUUGUUCACACUUCUAUAAUAAUAACGAAAGAUACUUGUUUGAAUAAAAAAAAAUCAGUAAGUCCUGAUUUUAAAUUUUAUUCACAGAAGACUAAGAAGUUCGGUGAUCCUAUAUUAUAUAGAGGAGAAAUAAUUGGCUUUGAAUUUAAAAAUAUUAAAGUGGGUAAUAAUGUAGAAGGUUUAUAUAAUGUAUGUUCCUGUCAUGUGGAAUAUCCAAAUUAUUAUAACCAGUGCACAGAUACCAAUAAACAUUAUUUAAAUAUAUCAACUAUUCGAGUAGUCAAAAAACUUACGCACGAAAUACAUUUGUUAUCUGGAAAUAAACUCGUUUUAAAUUUCAAAGCGUAUGCAACACCAUUUCCUUUUAAUAAAGCCUUUAUCAUUGAAAAAGUAAAAGGCUAUAAUUGUAAUAACAUUAAAGAUACUUCAUUUAACCAAAUACAAGAAGAUUUUUAUAAAAAUGAAAAAAAACUUGAGUUUUAUGAUAUAUUUUUAUAUAAUAUUGAUCCAAAAAAAUAUAACGAUGACAUUGUUUUUGAAAAACCAGGAACUUACUUAUUAUGUUACACAUCAAGUGAUAAUGGAGUUGAAUAUUCUGCUAUUCUCUCUACAAUUCAUGUUAACGGUUAUGACAUAAACAAAAUAAGUUAUUUAUAUCUAGACUUAAAUCCGAUUAAAUUAAAUUUGAAAAAUUAUAUUGUUUUACAUAGAUAUAAAUUAAAUGAGAAUUUAGAAGAAAUAUUUUUGAAGAAAAAAAAAAUAAACCACUGUUCGGGUGAAGACGUGUCUUAUUCAAAUAAUAUAAUAGAGGUUAAUAGUAAUAAAAAUGCAAAUAUUAUUCUUGAUAAAAUAUAUAUUUCAAAUAUAAAUUUAAAUGAAUACAAUAAGUUAUUAGAAAUUUGUUCAAAAAAAGGAGAUAAACACUCUUUAAUUGGAUAUGCUAUGGUAAAACCAUAUGUUUUACAUAAUUAUAAGGAUAUAAACCAUUUACUAGAUUUUAAUAUUGCUCCUGAUGAUAUUAGAACGUAUACAAUAAGUAGAAAUUCAAAUUUCUUAAAAUUUUUCCCUGAAUUAUUAAAUAUUUUUAAUAUAAAUAAUACAAAUAACUUAUAUUUAUCAUUUUUAUGCUAUUCAACGAAAAAUGAAAUAAUCCUAACUUAUAACUAUGAUAAAAACAUGACACCAAUAUUUUUUAAAUAUUUUAAAAUAACUAAUGCUUCCAGUUCAAUUUUGCAUAUUACCAAUGAUGAAGUACAACUAUAUGUUUUAAAAAAAAAUUCUCAAUCUUUAUUUUUAUAUGAUAUAACUCCAGAAAAAGUAAUGGAUAAAAAAAGAAUUAUAACAAAUAAUGUAAAUGAUGCUGAUGUAAAACUUAUACUAUCAUAUUAUUUAGAUUAUUCUCACUUUUUAAAAUGUGAAAAAUGCAUAUCACCUAUUAUGAUGGAACCAAUUUAUGAUGAAAAUAAAAAUUUAAAGCAGAUUUUUUUAAUAACGUCACAUCCCUAUAUAAAAUUAAUGAUGGUUGAUUUACAUUUUAAUGUCAUUUAUGAGCAUGAUAUAAAUGUUGUGAAAAAUUCAGAAAUAGAAAUUCGUGGCGUCAAUUUUAGUUUGGAUGUCUUAAAAGAUUCUUCAUUUCUGAUAACAGAUAUUUCAUGUGGAAUUAUAGAGGAAGAAUCAUUAGACUGCUUUUUAAUUGAUCAAUUAAAUAACGCUGUUAUAGCUAUUGAAUACAUUGAACCACAAAAUUUAUUAAUUGUUAUAGACAGUUUUCAAGGAGAAAAUAAAAAUGACUCAAUUCAAGAGAGUAUCUAUUUCUAUAAUGAUUCUGUAUUUAGUCAAUCAAACACUUUUUUAUACAAACCCAAAAAUAUAACAGUUUAUCCUUAUGAUAAAUCGUAUGUGAUACUUAUAAGCGAGGAAGAAUCUAAUGAAAUAAACUUAUUACAUUAUGAUAAAUAUAAACUUAAUAACAAUUUGUUGUAUGUAACUAGAAUAAAUAAUACUUAUAUUGAUGAUGGGAAAAUAGAAAAUAUAUAUAAAUUUUAUGAUCAUAAAGAAUUAAUUAAUAGAAAUGUACUUUUAAUAGUGAAAUACCACGAAGGAGAAGUGCAAUUUAUGUAUAGUCCCUUGAGAAACAUUGCAAAUAAGCUUGAAUUCAAAUAUAAUUAUCCGGCGGUGAUACAAGACAACAAUAAAGUAUAUACACUAAAAAUAAAAUCACAUGAAAUAAAAAAAAUGAACUUACUUCAUACUUUUCAAGUUGAAGUGCACAAUGUUAAUAAAUCACAGUACGUUACAAUUGAUAAAUAUGACGGAACAAUUGAAAUUAAAUUAUCAGAAUUUGUAGGUGAUCCAGUUAAUUUGACUGCUAAGCUUUAUGGAGUUUUUGUUGAAUUAGAAGUAGACAUAAAUUUUAUAGUUAUUUGCGCUGAUGGAAUGAAAGUAUUUGAUAAGAGGUGCGUUCCUUGUCCAAUAGGUUCGUAUAAUAACCUUAAUGAAUAUAUUAAAUAUAAUAAUAUAUAUGAAUGUACAUUAUGUCAUGAUAAUUCUACCACUAAAAAGGAAGCAUCUACUUCAGUAACUCAAUGUUUAUGUCUACCUGGGUAUGAGCUAAAUAAUAAUUAUGAAUGUGUUCCAUGUGAAAGAGAAACAUGGAAAACUGAACUUUCUAAUUCUCCUUGCAUUUUUCAUUGCUACCCUAAUUCGUAUAGCACAGUUAGGGGUAGUAGCAGUGAAGAAGAAAGUCAAUGUAAAUGCAAAAAAGGGUAUUAUUUUGUCUCUAAAGAUUCUAUAAAUUUUUGUGAAGAAUGUGAUAUAGGUUAUUUUUGUCCUGGGGGAUAUAAAACAAAUAAAAUAAAAUGCCCAAAUAAUACUACUAAUACAACACAAAAAAAUUCUUCUAUAAAAAGUUGUAAAUGUGAUUAUGGAUUCGAACCCUAUGAUCCUAUAGAUAUCGCAAAUUAUAAUUUUAGAAAUGAUCCUAUUUUCGAUGAUUACAGAGACUUCAUAGCAGAUAUAGAGAGUUCCCAAGUUUGUAUACCAUGUAAAGUAGGAUUUUAUAAAAAUACUGUUUCGGAACAAAAAUGUAAGAGUUGUUCUCCAAAUGUAUACACAGAUGACACACAAUCCACUUCCAUAUCCCAAUGUAAAAAAUGUGAAAAAGGUUACUACUUACAUUCUGAGAAUGUUUGCUUAUUAUGUCCAGAUAAUCAUUAUUGCCCUGGUUUCAAUAUAGCAGAUCCAAAAUAUGCAAUUUACGAAAAUCAAAAAGUCCCUUGUAGUGGAAAAAAUUUGACAAAACACCCGAAUAGAUUAAAUGUAUCACAUUUAAGCUGUUUAUGUAAAAAAGGGUACGAAUUUGUAAAAAUGGAUGAAAAUGAAUUUGAUUGUUUAGAAGUUCCUAAAAAUUAUUACAAGUCAGAACUCAGUAAUACUGAAAAGAAACCUUGCCCAGAAAACAGUAUUACUUUAUAUACAAAAACAAAAAAUAUAAAUAAAUGUUUAUGUAUGGCAGGCUAUUAUUGGGAUAUAAAUGAAUUUAAAUGUAUUAAGUGUCCAAAAGGAUAUUAUUGUCCUGGUGGGUAUUUGAAAGACUGUUUUAAAAAUAACACCUUACAUUUAUGUAAACCUCAAAAAACAAAAUGCCCUAUAAAACAUUCAACAACGCAAGGUGAAGAAUCUUUUAGUGAAUCAAGUUGCUUUUGUGAUAAGGGAUACACAAUAAACAAAGAAAAAUUAAAUGAAUGUGUUCCAUGUCCAGUUAACACUUAUAAAGAUAUUAUAUCAAACGCAGAAUGCACUAUGUGUUUAACACCAUAUACAACAGAUGGACAAAUAGGAAGUACGAAGGAAGAAGAUUGUACAUGCUCAGGAGGUUAUUAUUUUUUUAAUCAUUGUUUACCAUGUAGUGAUAAGAAUACUUACUGUAAAGGUGGAAAAAUGAUAGUGAACAACAAAAGCAAAACUAUUCAUUAUGCUCCGUCAAAAUGUCCACCAAAUACCAUUGUAUCAUUUGAAGCAGAACGCCCAUUUAAUAAAAGUUUUUGUGUUUGUAAAAAGGGAUUUAAGCAUGUAUAUACUACUCCAAAUAAUUUAUCAAAAAUUUGUGUACCGUGCGAACGUGGGUUUUUUAAGACUAUGAUUGGUGAUUUUGCCUGUGAAUCUAAAUGUAAACCAAAUUCAACCAGUUUAAUUGGAACUGUUCAUGAAACUCAGUGCUUUUGCUUAGAAAAUUAUUAUUUUAAAAAUGGAGUUUGUUUAAGUUGUCCUGAUGGUGCAUAUUGUAGAGGAGGUUUUGAAGAAGAAACUUUAUUAAUUAUGAAAAAAAAUGAGAAUUAUUUAGAUCCAUCAAAAAUUAAACAUGUAAUGCCUGUUCCUAAAGGAAAUUAUGCACUUUACAAAUUAAAGACAAAUAUAUACAACACUGAUUGGUUUAUUGUAGAAUGUCCAAUUAAAGGAGCUUGUCUACACAACGAAAAGUGUCAUGAAUCUAUGACUAAUUUUUUAUGUGGCGAGUGCAAAAGAGGAUAUACAAAUAAUUUUUCUAAAUUAAAUUUAUGUGUAAAGUGUAGUGGAAAUAUAGUAAAUAUUUUACACAUGAUUUUUGUUUGUGCUUUUGUUUUGUUAUUUACUGUUAUUAUGGCAUACUUAAAUGUCUUUACAGGGGCAAAUAGAAAAUCUGUUCAUUCUAUUGUUAUUAAAAUUGCUGUUAAUUAUUUUUCUUGUAUGAAAAUUUUUUAUGUUAUGGGUACAAGUGAAAUAUAUUUUCCCAUUAAUUUCUCUUCUCAUGCAAAUUACAUAAUUACAAAUAUUAAAAGAUUAUUAAAAGCAAAAAAAAAUUAUGGUCCAUACUGCAUAUUAACAAAUUAUUUUAAUUUAUCACAUUCAGAUGCUUAUUUCUAUGGAAUGGUUUUUUAUGCUUUUAGGCCCAUUUUACUUGCAAUUAUAUUGACAAUUUUAAUGUUUAUUGUUGUAGAAAUAUAUAAGUAUAAAGUCAGAAAUGAAACAAAACUAAAAUUAAAUAUAAUAGAUAAAAUUAAAGAACUAGGAAAUAAUAAAUUAUAUGAAGAAUUAAUGCAGGAAUUACCAUCAGAAAGGGCUUUAGUAUUAUUCAGAUACAUACCAAUACCUAAAGAUUCAAAGUUUAAAAGAAUAAGAAAUUUUCUUGAGGAUAUGACUCCUAUGUAUGUUACAUUGUUAUUUUUUAUCCACACAAAAACUACUUUGUCUAUGUUAACUUUGUUAGAUUGUAAAUCAAUAUACUACAAUGAUAAAUUUGUAGAGCAAUAUAUGAGUUAUGUACCAAGUGUAAAAUGUGAUUUAUCUAAAGAUUAUGCUAAGUUUUUCAUAUUAGGUAUUAGUGGAUUAGUAGUAUGGGGAAUUGGUGUUCCAUUAAUGUCUUAUUUAGUGUUAUAUAAAAAUAGAAAACAAUUGCACUCGGAAAAUAUUCUACUUAAAUACGGAUUUUUAAAUAAUGGUUUUAAUUUUCAAUUUUGGUAUUGGGAAUCGAUAGAAUUUUUAAGGAAAAUUUUAGUUUUAUUAAUAUCGACUGUUCCUAUAUUUAAAACGGCUAGAAUAUUUGGUACUACUAUGUGGCUGUUUACUAUUAUUUCAUCUUUUUUUCUUACAUUACAAUUGAUACUUCAACCUUUUGACUCAAGAAAUUAUCAUAUCUUAAAUAAAUUAGAAACUUACAGUAUGGUUGCUUGGACGAUUACUUUAAUGAUUUUUGUCUUUUUAACAAUAUCAAAUUGUAGUGUAACUAUAAAUUUCUAUAUUUUAUUGUUUUUAUUAUUUUUUAAUUUUAUAUUUAUAGCUAAAGUUUUGAUAUCCCUUUGUUAUUCGUACAUCGAAAAUUUAAGACAUAUAAAAAAAAUGAUUAAAUUGCCAUUUAUAGGCAAAUAUUUUGUGAAAAUAUCAAAAAUAUCUGAAGAAAAAUAUUAUAAAGAACCUAUAGUUUCUCUAAAUACAUGUGAUAAUUCAAUUAAAUUAACCAGGAAAUAUAAAAGACCAACUUUAUUCAACAAAAAAAUGUUAACAAAUGAAGAAAAAAAUUAUUUUCUUGAUGUUUUAUCAAAUUUUAUGUACUUUGGUGUGUUAAAUUUAAAAUUUACCAUUUUUCAUUCUUAUUUCAUGGAAUUCAUUCUAAGAUUAUCAACAAUUGAUCAUGAAAUUUUUUACAAAAAAGGGAAAAAUGGAAUUUUAAAAUUAAUAACUAAAGAUCCAAAGAACAUUGACGAAUGGCUAAAAAUUAAGGAAGACGAAUUAAAAAAAAGGACAUUUUUUCAAAGACAUAAAAAAAUACUGAAUUUAUUUACAAAAAAUUCAUUUAUUAUUCAAAACAACAAAAAAACAAUUGUAUAUAAAAGAGAUAGACACACCAUAAUGUCUGAUUAUGAAGCACUAAUUAAUGUAUUAAAAUAUGAUAAAGACUUUAUAACUGAUUUUAAAUUUUUAUAUGACGAAAAUACGGUUAAAUCAGGGUUAAUUCUUCCUGAUUUGCAGUUAUCAUUUACCAAAAUAAAAAUGAAAGAUAAAGAAUUAAUAAUGCAAUUAUUUUCAUUAUUCAUUGCAAAGAAGAAUAUUGUACAAUUUGAAAGAGAUAUUCAUCUUAAGAAUAAAAUUGAACAACUCAGAAUGUUGUAUGAAAUUCUUUUAAGGGCUAAUGAAAAAAAAAAUAUUACAUUUAGAAAAAAUGUUGAAGAUGCUGUCAAAGGAGAUUCAUUUGAUUAUACAAAAAUGGAAAAUGAGUUAACAUUAUUAAAUGAUAGAAUUAAUGAUCUAGUUAAUAAUUAUCAAAAAUUAAAAUAUGCUGAUUAUUAUGAAGAUACCUGUAAUGAUAAUAAAUCAUGUUUAAAUAAUGAUUCAGAAUUUUUUAAUAAUAAAUUAAUAGAAUUAAGUUUUAAAGAAAUGGAUUACGAUGAAGAUGAAGACAAGAGAAAAAAUAGUAGAAAAAAGAAUGAGGAAAAUAAAGAAAAUGAUUAA